UGCAUUCCAUAACCAGGCAGUGUUUUGGCAGUGUUAAAAUAGCUCAAUACGUGUAAGGAAUCGACAGCUGAAGAUCUACGUAAUGAAAAUGUCGUCUAGCCAUGGUGAAUUUGUUUUCCUAAUUUUAGGAAUCAUGAAGUUAGUCCAUGGUGACAACUGUUUUGACGUAGAUUCUGUAGUUGAGCAUGAAAAGUAUAUGGAACACCAGUUGUUCAGGAAGUUCUGGAGUCCGUCUCUCUACGACUGCGCAUCAGAAUGUCUCAUGUCCUCAGCAUGUGCGUCAUUUGGAUUUGACAAGAAAAUGCACACCUGCCUUCUCAACACUAACAGUAGUGAAGCUGGUAAUGUUGUAGACAGAACUGGAUUCCUCUUCAGUGAUAUUCAACAAUGGCCAAAGUCUCUCUCUGGUCGGUGCAAUCAAGUUGCGUGUCCCGAAAACACCCGGUGUGAAGUAACUCGACUUGGUCAGUCAACAUGCGUUCCAGAGUUCCAAGGGUGUGGUCAACCCCCCGGUGUUAAAGGCGCCACCAUAACUUAUGAUGGUCACUACCAGGGAGCUGUGGCAACCUACUCCUGUGAACAGGAUUUCAGAGUCUGCCAUAACAAUGUUACCAGCACCUGCCAAUCAUCUGGAGCGUGGGAGACUCCGUCAGGUCUGUGUGGACAGUACAGGUGGCACAAUCCGGUUAAAGACAGGUAUUCAUUUCCAUGUGGUCCAUCAAACAAGUUCCGACUGAUAAUCAGAGGGACACUUACAGCCGAAACAAGUUGGGAUCUCGGGCUUAAGAAACACGAAGAUGUAUUAUUCUACUCAGACUUUCGCUUUAACCUUGGUAAACGGAUCAUCAUGAACACGAAGUUAGAUGGAAGCUUGGGUCAAGAGGUGCAUGCCGAUCUUACAAUGGAGGUUGGACAAGAAUCCCAGGUCCAAAUAACCCUUCAAGAUGGAGUAUACAGGUUGGUAAUCGAUGGUGUCAGCAUUCACAACUUCACCGAGAGACGCUCCGGGGCAAAACCUAACAGCAUCUUCUUCUAUGGUGACGUCUCUGUUAGUGUGAUGGAGUGGAUAUCUUAAACCGAACCACUCGAGAGCAACGCAAUGCCUUCAUCACAUAGGUUUUCAUGAGCUCGUGCAGCGGAUAUGUUUAUUUGUGUCAUUUGAGACAAUGAUUGUAUCCCUAAAAUCAAUACAGAAUGUGUUCAGACUCAUUACUCACUAACACUUUGAUUCGAUUUGAGAAAUCACAUAUCUUCUUUGCCUGUUGAAAGGUUAUGAGCACAAUAAA